UUUGCAGUGUUGUCACAUCGGGAGCUCCUGCUGCACAGAUUUUGCUCCUCUGUGAUGACAGCCGAAACUAAAGACACAACUUUUCCAUAGCUGUCUCAUCACGAGCCACAGCUAUCACCUACCUAGAUUUGCUUUUUUAUAUUUCUUAAUUUAUUGUGGCCAUGCCCGGGCUCGCGUGCCUCCCCGCCGCCCUGCUCCUCCUGCUGCUGUCCGGCUGCUCUCCUGCUCGGGGAUACUUCGCGGAGGAGCGCUGGAGCCCCGAGUCUCCGCUCCUGGCUCCCCGGGUUCUCGUCGCCCUCAUCUGCAGAAACUCCGAGCACUCUCUGCCGUAUUUCCUCGGUGCUUUUGAGCGUCUCAACUACCCCAAGGAGCGUAUGGCUUUGUGGGUGGCGACUGAUCAUAACCAGGACAACACCACAGUCAUUCUGCGUGACUGGCUUGUCAAGAUGCAGAAUCUUUACCAUUAUGUGGAGUGGAGGCCUAAAGAGGAACCCAAACGUUAUGCGGAUGAAGACGGUCCGAAGCACUGGACAGACCUCCGUUAUGAGCACGUUAUGAAGCUUCGACAAGUGGCACUGGAGUCAGCUCGUGAGAUGUGGGCGGACUACUUUAUGUUGGUGGACUGUGAUAACCUCCUCACCAAUCCUAAUGUACUGUGGAAGCUCAUGAAGGAGAAUAAGACCAUCAUUGCUCCAAUGCUUGAAUCCCGUGCAGCCUAUUCAAACUUCUGGUGUGGAAUGACCUCGCAGGGUUACUACAAGCGCACUCCUGCCUACCUACCCAUGAGAAAGCAGUUGCGCAAGGGCUGUUUUGCAGUUCCCAUGGUCCACUCCACUUUCCUGAUCGACCUCAGGAAAGAGGCAUCCAGGCAGCUGGCCUUUCACCCGCCACACCCAGAGUACAGCUGGGCUUUUGAUGACAUCAUUGUGUUUGCGUUCUCUGCUCGGAUGGCAGAUGUUCAAAUGUUUGUAUGCAAUAAAGAGACCUACGGUUACUUCCCUGUGCCUCUGCGAUCCCACAAUACUUUGCAAGACGAAGCUGAGAGCUUCUUGCACUCCCUCCUGGAGGUUAAUGUGCGAAAUCCCCCACUGAUGCCUUCCAAACACAUACGUGUUCCUAGAAAGCAACCUGACAAACUGGGCUUUGAUGAGGUGUUCAUGAUAAACCUGCAGAGGCGAACCGACCGCCGAGACCGUAUGCUGAGGACAUUAUACGAGCAGGAGAUUACUUGUAAGGUCAUUGCAGCUGUAGAUGGAAAAGCGAUGAAUAUUAGUGAAAUUCAUACUAUGGGCAUCCACAUGCUCCCUGGAUACAGUGACCCCUAUCAUGGUCGCCCACUGACGAAGGGAGAGCUGGGAUGCUUCCUUUCCCACUUUAACAUCUGGAAAGAGAUUGUGGAGAGACGCCUGGAAACCUCCCUGGUGAUUGAGGACGACCUGCGCUUCGAGGUGUUUUUCAAACGACGCUUGAUGAACUUGAUGAGGGAGGUGCAGGAGGAAGGACUGGACUGGGAUCUCAUAUAUAUUGGUCGGAAGAGAAUGCAAGUGGAUCACCCGGAGAAAGCAGUGCCUAAUAUACACAACUUAGUGGAAGCAGACUAUUCAUAUUGGACGCUGGGCUAUAUGAUAUCACUUCAAGGUGCAGAGAAGCUUUUGAAAGCCGAACCACUUCAGAGGAUUUUGCCGGUGGAUGAGUUUCUUCCUAUCAUGUAUAAUAAACACCCUGUGACUGAUUAUAUGGACCAGUUUGAAACCAGGGACCUGAAGGCAUUUUCAGCUGAGCCUCUUCUAGUGUAUCCGACACACUACACAGGCGAUGACGGCUACAUCAGUGACACCGAGACUUCCACAGUGUGGGACAACGAAAAGGUCCGUACAGACUGGGACAGAGCGCGCUCAGGGAAAACUAGGGAGCAGGCUGAGAUCAGCACCGAGGCCCAGAACUCAGAUGUGCUCCAGUCGCCUUUGGACAGUACAGCACGGGACGAGCUAUGAGAGGAGCCGAAUGAGAGCCAUGCGAAAGUUUUACACACCACCUUAGUCUUUUUUAAAUCGUGUUUCAUCUUUGAUACUUUUGAUUCGGGCAUCACAGCAGGGAUGUGACAUCAGAGUUUGUAAGAAAGAUUUAAUUUAUCCAGAUGUGACGAGUUAAAAAGGGAUCAGGUGCGUCUUUUCUUUCACGUUGUCCGUUUGUAGUUUUUACUUUAUAAAAAGGCACUAGACUUGUCAUUUCUAAUGGCAUUUGCAGUACCCAUCUUCUGUCUGUCAUACAGAAAUAAACCUAUAUAUUAGCAGAGAAUGCAAUCAGACUGUUACAUUUCAGCCAUCGGGCAGUUAACUUUAUUUUAAUCUGACAUUACACUGUGAAAUGCUUUUUUUUAUAUAUAAAUUUCUCAUGAUUACAGAUGAAUUGGGCCGCAACCAAACUGUAUGUCACUGAGCAGUAUCACGUCUUCUGCAGACAGUCAUGUCUUUAAUCAACCGUGAGUCAUUUUAAAUUCUUCAGUCCACGAGGAGAAACAUCUGCAUGUCUUUCGCUUUCAUUUUUAUCAUUUUGUCUUUUAAACUUCAUACUGCUGUGUUUUAAAUAAUCAUUAGCCAACACUUGAGAUGCUUGCAGGCAGCAGAGUGUUACCAAAGCAACAAAACACACAAGCAACAGUAUCCUCUACAGUACUACUGUAGAGCAUACAACACUGCAUUUCAUUAUUCAUGCCACCACUUUGGGAUUGUCUCCAGACUAAUGCUGUUAACCAGCUGUUGACAUGCUUAUAGAUGGGACAAACCACUGUACACGCCUCAAACUUGGUGGUUUGGGAGGGACGUGGUUUUAAAUGCCCUUUAAGUUCCCUCAGAAAGAACCCACCCAACCACAUCCAAACACACACACAUCGUUCUCCACCUCUUAAUCCUUAGUUAAAUCUGUAUUUGAGCAUUUGGGUGAGCAAGACAGAAAAAGAGAACAUAGAAAGCUUGGAUCAUUUUACAGAUUAUUUAUUCUGUCAUGGUUUUGCCUCACAUUUCGAUACUAAAUCUCCCAGGAAGUUAAUUUUUGUGGGGUAUGAAUGGGAGCUAUUCGCCCGUGGGUCUUACACAAAAUGUUAACGGUGCAUUGUGCCAACAAGAAAUAAAUUGUUUUAUUUUUAAAGGAAA